AUGCCUGGAACCCCAUCGCCUGUUUCUCCGGGACCUUCCGAGCCAGCAAUGUCCUUUCAAUUCGUCAAUCUCACGGACCCCAGCGAUACCAAGGACCAGAAGGUUCGAAGGGCCAUUCGAAGCCAUGUCACGAAACAACAGCAUCAGAAGGCAGAGCAACUGGCGGCAGCUCGGAGGUCCAACAGUGACCCGCAGUUAUUGGGCACCUCGUCGGCACAGAUAUCGCAAGGUCGCGCACAUGCCGCAUCUUAUCCAUUGUCGAGACCUACUACAUCGGGUCAGCAGAGCCCGGUAUCUCCGGCUAGCAGCUCUGACGUAUCUUCAUUCUCAUCGACACCCAAACACCCGAUGAUAGACGUAUCGCAGGUCUACCCGGCUCAGUGGCUCCCGUAUCUCAACCAGAUUCUAGAGAACUAUCUUGCUUUCACGGCCAAGGAAGUGCUGCAAUCGGAUGACGCGCCUACAAUGGCUCUCUUGAGAUCUACCUGGAUGCCAUUUGUCAUGACCGAUGUGGCACUGCUUCAUGCUGUCCUGCUGUUCGCAGCAUCGCUGUUUCGAUCCUCUAUGGCUGCACAUGCCCAAGUUGUGGAUCUAUACCAGCUCAAAGACAUGGCCAUCCAAGCCAUGAACGGAAACCUUUCGACCAAGGAUUCUAUGAUUGCAACCAUGGCAACCAUGGCUCAGUACGAAGCCUUUUGGAGAGAUCGGGAUGCAUUCGCGACGCACAUGAGCGGUCUACGGCAAUUCGUCGAGAUGCGUGGUGGACUUGCGGCAUUGGGUCUAGACGGAUUUCUAGAAAGGAUGUUGGUUGCGAUUGAUUUCAACUUGGCCAGAACCACUGGACACGAGCGAUUGUUCGCUUCAAGCCGACAAUCUCCCCUCCGGCAAGGAUCGCAUGGAUGA